AUGUCUACGAUUUCGACGUACAGAAGCAAUGCUUCGCAACGUAUUGCUGCAACAUCAAAUUCUUCAUCUCAACAUCCACAAUUAUCUCAAUAUCAUCAUUCAUCUGAAAAUGAACAUUCAUUCCAACAUCAUAGUUCAUCUCAACAUCAACAAUCAUCUCAACAUCAACAAUCAUCUCAACAUCAUCAUUCAUCUAUGCAUCCACCUUCAAGUGAAACGACUAAUUAUUUUGGACCUGUUCGUUCGUCUUCAACUCUUAAUCGUUCACAAAGAUUCACGUCAUCCCAUAAUCAACAUUGUGCAUCACCAUACACUGUCAAUUCACCACGUAUGAAUCGUCGUGAAGCUACUAUUUGUUACACUGAUCUUGAUACACAACCUAAUCGUUGUGAAAAUGAAAAUAUUGAACCUCCUCAUGUUGUUUCUUUCAAUCAACAUACAUUCGACAAACUUGUUCAACGAUGUGAUAGUUUAGAAAAUCAGUUGCGAAUCUUACAGGCAAAAACCGAUAAAUUGUUGAAACUUGCACUUGAUGCUGCUAACAAGGACCAGGAAAUUACAACAACAAAACCUAAAUCAGAGUUGAUUCCAAUUUUAUGGAAGAAUGAAAAUUUGCUGGCAAAGCCGCGAACAGCUUUACCAACAACUUAUUUGUGUCACCUUGUUCGCAAAAUGUAUACGUCGAACGAAAUCAAAAAUAAGAUACCACAACAGCCACCACAACAUGGUGAUAUAAGACUACAGAAGAUUAAAGAAUGCCUCAUUCAACUAUAUUUUUCACAUGAACCAUCACUCAUUCAUGAUUUUAUGGCAACAAAAGGUGCAGAAAGUUUGUAUGGUCAAGAACGAACCAAGAAAAGCAGAGACAAAUUGAAAGCGGUAUUAGUCGUCGAUGACAAUAACAACAGAAACAAUAUGAAUAAUAAUGAAAACAAUAUCAUCAACAAUCUCAAUGAUGUCAAUAUUAAUUCGGUCAUUGAUUUAUUUGAUAAUUAG